CGCCGGGGCAAGCAGGGGGCCCGGAUGAGCCUGCUGGGGAAACCGCUCUCGUACACCAGUAGCCAGAGCUGCCGGCGCAACGUCAAGUACCGGAGGGUGCAGAAUUAUCUGUACAACGUGCUGGAGAGACCCCGAGGCUGGGCGUUCAUCUACCACGCGUUCGUUUUUCUCCUUGUCUUUGGUUGCUUGAUUUUGUCAGUGUUUUCUACCAUCCCUGAACACACAAAAUUGGCCUCAAGUUGCCUCUUGAUUCUGGAGUUCGUGAUGAUUGUCGUCUUUGGUUUGGAGUUCAUCAUUCGAAUCUGGUCUGCGGGUUGCUGUUGUCGGUACAGAGGAUGGCAAGGAAGAUUGAGGUUUGCCCGAAAGCCUUUCUGUGUUAUAGAUACCAUUGUUCUUAUCGCUUCAAUAGCAGUCGUUUCUGCAAAAACUCAGGGUAAUAUUUUUGCCACAUCUGCACUAAGAAGUCUCCGCUUCCUGCAGAUCCUCCGAAUGGUGCGCAUGGACCGCAGGGGCGGCACUUGGAAAUUACUCGGUUCGGUGGUCUAUGCGCACAGCAAGGAAUUAAUCACCGCUUGGUACAUCGGAUUUUUGGUCCUCAUUUUUUCAUCUUUCCUUGUCUAUCUGGUGGAAAAGGAUGCCAAUAAGCAGUUUUCUACAUAUGCAGAUGCUCUCUGGUGGGGGACAAUUACAUUGACAACGAUUGGGUAUGGAGACAAAACCCCCCUCACUUGGCUGGGAAGAUUGCUUUCUGCAGGCUUUGCGCUCCUUGGCAUUUCUUUCUUUGCACUUCCUGCUGGCAUUCUUGGCUCGGGUUUUGCAUUAAAAGUUCAAGAACAGCAUCGCCAGAAACAUUUUGAGAAAAGGAGGAACCCAGCCGCCAACCUCAUUCAGUGCGUUUGGCGGAGUUAUGCAGCUGAUGAGAAGUCUGUUUCCAUUGCCACCUGGAAGCCACACCUGAAGGCCUUGCACACCUGCAGCCCUACCAAGAAAGAACAAGGGGAAGCAUCGAGCAGUCAGAAGCUAAGUUUUAAGGAGCGAGUGCGCAUGGCUAGCCCGAGGGGCCAGAGCGUUAAGAGCAGACAAGCCUCCAUCGGGGACAGGAGGUCCCCAAGCACCGACAUCACAGCCGAGGGCAGCCCUACCAAAGUGCAGAAGAGCUGGAGCUUCAACGACCGGACCCGCUUCCGGCCCUCGCUGCGCCUCAAAAGUUCUCAGCCCAAACCUGUGAUCGACGCCGACACUGCUCUUGGCGUUGAUGACGCGUAUGACGAGAAAGGGUGCCAGUGUGAUGUAUCCGUAGAAGACCUCACCCCGCCACUUAAAACGGUCAUUCGAGCCAUCAGAAUUAUGAAAUUCCAUGUUGCAAAGCGGAAGUUUAAGGAAACCUUGCGUCCCUACGAUGUAAAAGAUGUCAUUGAACAGUAUUCUGCUGGCCAUCUGGACAUGUUAUGUCGAAUUAAAAGCCUUCAAACCCGUGUCGAUCAAAUCUUAGGAAAGGGGCAAAUCACAUCCGACAAGAAGAGUCGAGAGAAAAUAACUGCGGAACAUGAGACCACUGAUGAUGUCAGUAUGCUUGGCCGGGUAGUCAAGGUUGAAAAACAGGUCCAGUCCAUUGAGUCCAAACUGGACUGCCUACUCGACAUCUAUCAACAGGUCCUCCGGAAGGGCUCGGCCUCGGCCCUCACCUUGGCUUCAUUCCAGAUCCCACCUUUUGAAUGUGAGCAGACCUCUGACUAUCAAAGCCCUGUGGACAGCAAAGACCUAUCCAGUUCCGCGCACAACAGUGGCUGCUUAUCUAGAUCAACGAGUGCCAACAUCUCCCGGGGCCUGCAGUUCAUUCUGACGCCAAACGAGUUCAGCACUCAGGCUUUCUACGCGCUUAGCCCUACUAUGCACAGCCAAGCCACACAGGUGCCGAUGAGUCAAAGCGACGGCUCCACAGUGGCGGCCACCAACAACAUUGCAAACCAAAUCAAUGUGGCCCCCAAGCCAGCAGCCCCAACAACUUUGCAGAUCCCACCUCCUCUCCCAGCCAUCAAGCAUCUGCCCAGGCCAGAACCCCUGCAUUCAAACCCCGCCGGCUUACAGGAAAGCAUUUCUGACGUCACCACCUGCCUUGUUGCCUCCAAGGAAAAUGUUCAGGUUGCACAGUCCAAUCUGACCAAGGACCGUUCUCUGAGGAAAAGUUUUGACAUGGGAGGAGAAACUCUGUUGUCUGUCCACCCCAUGGUGCCGAAGGAUUUGGGCAAAUCUUUGUCUGUACAAAACCUGAUCAGGUCAACAGAGGAACUGAAUAUACAGCUUUCAGGGAGUGAGUCAAGUGGCUCCAGAGGCAGCCAAGAUUUGUACCCUAAAUGGCGGGAAUCCAAAUUGUUUAUAACUGAUGAAGAGGUGGGUCCAGAGGAGACCGAGACAGACACUUUUGACGCCGCGCUGCAGCCUGCCAGGGAGGCUGCCUUUGCUUCAGACGCUCUAAGGACUGGAAGAUCCCGCUCAUCUCAAAGCAUCUGUAAGGCAGGAGAGAGCACCGAUGCGCUCAGCUUGCCUCAUGUCAAACUGAAAUAAGUUGGUUUCGUUUUCUGUCUAGGCAUAGCAAUUCCUUUAGCCAUACAUAUCAUUGCAUGAACUAUUUUGAAAGCCCUUCUAACAAGUUGAAAUUGCAAGAGUCAGGAAGAACAUGAGAGGCAGUUUCUAAGCCUGUUGUCUUUCCAUUGCAUGAAAAUGCAUGUUUAGGGAUGGCUGAAAUUGCAAGGUACAUCAACCUUAGCCCUCUCGUUUAGUAAUGUACCUUGAAUUUAAAAUUCGGAGAAGCCAAACACUGCUAGUGCUAGGGGGCGUCGGCAAAUACCAAGAUUGGGUCAUUCCGAAGAUGUAACAAUUUGUUUUGAAACUUCAGGCAUUUCUGCUUCGCAGCUCAAUACAAAAUACAUUUGCAAAAUUAGACCAUGAUGCGUAUUUAAACACAACAGCUUUCAGCAGCUGCAAGCCAAGGUAUCGAGUAAAGCUGAAUUGGGGAAUAAGAGAAAUGGCUGCUAAUAAUGUGAGGUAAAUUAGACAACUCGUUCCUAUUCAGUCAUUUUAUUAUCUGUGUGAUUUGAAUGUCAAUUCGUGUGCUUUCGGUGAUUCGGCACUGUGAUGAGCUGUUUUGCACAUCAUUUUCAUAUUGUUCUUUAAGAGGAAAAUAUUCUUCAAUUGGAAAACGUGCAAAUACUGAAAUUCAGGACCAGUGGGGCAAACAAACGGUGUGAUAUGUUUGACGUUCCGAAAACAUAUUCCCUGGUGGCUCGCCAACUUUCUAAGUGGCCAUCUUCUGCACAGACAGGUGAGGCAGCAUGACUGGAUUGAUAUCUCAGCACUGGGCCAGCCCCAGGGGGAGGGUGAAAAGCUAUGGGUAGACCCUGGAGAAUGGAUCAUGGGAGUGAGACUGAAAGGGGAAGAGGCUUCAGUAAGCUUUACUAGAUGCAGAAACCACACCGAGAAGGAGAAAAUAAAGUGGCUUCCCUCCCGACAGGCACUGAAAAGGAGAGAAACAAAACUAACAUGGAAUAACCAGGCUUUAAAAAAAAUAAGUAUUGCCAGAAGAAUCAAUUACAUAAACAUCGCUUAUUCUUACAUAGAGACCCAGAAUUUCAAAAGUGCUUAUUUUUUUAACAUGCCCGUAAAUGUCUUUUGCUCCUCACACUCAUCUAGUAGGCUCCGGCUCAUAGGGAACCAAUGGGACAAUGUAGAACUGCCCCCUGGGGCAGUUACUCCUGUGAAUCUUUACUGGAGCAGAAAGCCUUGUCUUUGUCCAUCUCAAGCUGUUACGCAGGACCCUCUGCACUGGAAAGGUGCCGUAAAUACUUUGACUUACGGUGGCAGCAAAAGAAGUUUAGGAGGGAGAGCUUGACUCCUGAAUCAGGGUAGCACAGAGUCUUCUGACUUCCAAAGUGCUCCAGCUGUCAGGGGCUGAGCAGGGCUUAAACACGACAAUGCCAGAAACGAAACGGAAAACAUAUCCUGAUGGGUUAACUCAAGUAAGUUUUUCUGAUAGGCUAUUUUGUGUGAAUCAGCAAGGACAGACAUCCACACUUUCCUAUGUUGUUUUAGGGAACAAAAGAGACUCCCAAUCUCAAAUAUAACUCAAAUAGUAUUCAGUCUUAAAAGGGACAAAGGCAAUACAAAGACACAAACACAUCAUCCAGAUGUUGGAGUCUAGGAGCACAAGAUCAAAAUGGCACCGGAGGAUUCACAGGACACUAGUUAAAUAAAGCAUGGGACAAAGGAAACUGAAAAUUCAUGAGUGGGGCUAUCAGUGCAUCACAGUUUUAGGUGAGACUACUUACAGAAACAGGAACAAGGCCCCGAUUGGGACACAUACAUUAUAUUAGUUAGAAGGGUUUACAAGAUUGAUUCAGGGCCUUCUAACCUAGGCAGUGCAGGUGAGACUCCUGACUAUGUGAUCCCAGUACAGUAAGCCAUCUCCAUUAAGGACACACUCAUGUCAGCCCUGAAGAGAGACUGCCCUUCCCUGAGCUACCUGGAUGGAGGCAAUCCACUUUCCCAGGCUCUCUGCUUGAGGGCAGGAUUAUCCACAGUCUUUGGUGAAUAAGAAAGACUCCAUGGAGGUGUCAUCUAAGUGGGGACCCUGCAAAUGGAUUUGGGGCUGCCUCUGCCAUCCACAGCCUUUCGCACACCAGGUGCUCAGAAUUUAAGCUUCAGUACAACAGAAACAACAAGCCUAUCAUCUAAUGUGCUUUCCACCACAUUCUUGCUGAGGGCCACUGGCGCCUCCCGGGCUUACCCAGCAGCAGUUAUGGGGCACCUUUUCAGAAGUAGAGCCUAGGGCAAGAUGGAGUUGGUGGCAGACCUUCUUUAAGCCAUUUUGGUCAUGCCAAAUACUCCGGAUGUUGGAGGACCCUCAUUCAAAGGCUUAAAUUAAGUUUCUUUUACUUUUUAGACUAUAAUGAACAUUUUAUAUUUCCUCUAAGAAUAUUGCCCCAAAUCUGAAAUUACCAGGCCAAGUGCCACCGUCAGGGUCAAUCAAAACACUUCAUAAAGUAGAGCAACAGACAGAAUAAGGGAAAACAAAUUGAAAAGCAUAUUUACCGGAAAGCAAGCACUACUACUUGCUUGUUAGAAACCAAUCUAGCUAUCUCAGAUCACCAGAACACCAACCCAAGUAAUGGCAUUCUAAAGACAAGGAGACAAGGGGUGUCGUUCCAAUUCGGCUAAAACCAGCCAGAGGAAAAGCAUUAGCAGGCGUUCGCACUGUCUUCAGGACAGUUUCUCAGCCAUGAGGGAGAGUAAGCAUGGAUUUCCACCGGGGUGCUCCACAGAGGGAAGGAAGGAAAGUGUGCAAAUGAGACUAGCUCUCAGGUUGCAAAGAGCCCUUGCGGAACAGACUCGGUGAAGCAUUGGGCUGCUAGCCCAGAGGCCGGUGCUUAGAACCGAGCAGCUGUUCCUCGGGAGAAAGAUGCCGCUUCCGUAAAGAUUCACGACCUUGGACCCCCUCCUCCAUCCCCUUGGGUCACCGUCUGAAUUGACUUGACAGGAGUGAAUGUGGUUCGGUUUUCUUAAGGCCCAAUGCCAGCAGACUUUCUUCACUGUUGAAUCUCCGUGGUUCCCUGCCCCAGUUUUGCUUCUAAACUUCACGAGGCUUUAACUAGUGUCUCCCCCCAAGGAAAUCUGCUCCCCUCUCUAACGAGGUGUUUAGGAGGUGUUGCUCAGCCUUCUCAAAUCCUUUCCUCUUGUGCUAAGCACUGAAACAUUUCCUCUCCUCACCUACCUGCGUCCCAGUGCCCUCCCCUGGAGUAGAUCAUGCAGAGUCUUCGUGGCUGCUGGAGAGCUACAGAGGCUGGAGUCUAUUGUCUCCACUCCAAUUAUAAAGGUCUUGUCAAGUUUUUAGUAAAUUAUUCAAUGAGCAUGCGCAAAUACAUACAAACACACCCCUCCACUGACCUAACCUGAGAUAUCUGCCACGCGCUCAGCCAGGCUCUCUGUAACUAGGCGCUGAGGUAGGAGGCCGUCACUUUCAGGUAGCACAGCCUCUUGGACACAUUGUCCGGAGUCGAGCCCCACUGGCAGCAGGAAUUCUGAAUGUAUUGGCGUCUUGAGUCCUCAAAGACCCCAAACCCAGGCAGUUCAUCCAACACUGCUAAGGACAGAAGACUGGAAAGCAAAGCCUAAACGCAUCACUGCAGUCUUAAUCAUAGCAAAGUGUGAGAAACCACGUUGUGAAAACUUUUAUACAGGAAGCCAUUUUGCGUCUGUCAUUCUCCAGCACAGUCUUAGAUGUCAAAGGAGAGUUGUAGAUUCUAAAAACUGUCUGUAGUCUUAUUCUCUAUGAAAAUGUGAGGGGGGUCUUCCAUUUACCCUUGGCAAAAUCCCAAGGGUCAGUCCCAAGUGGUGUCUUGAAGCACAGUUCUGUGGAGCACUGGAGAGCCAUGUGCUUUUGUGCAGUUCGAAUCUGCCUGCCUUCUACAGUAUGUCGGGUUGAUCAAGCUAACAUUUAAUGGCAAACAUCCCCGAUAGAGGUGAACUAAGCUUUUUUUUUUCUUUGCUAUGUCUGAUCUAAACGUUUGCAUUUUGUCCAUUUAAAUCAAUAUCUGUGGACCUCAUGUUUUGUUUAAAGAUAGUAAGCCACUUUAUUGAGUUUUUUUAAAUCUUUUUCUCCUGUUCUAAGGUGCCUUUCUCACCUCCCAUUGACUCAGUAAUUCUGAAAGUUCUUAAUUUGCAGGUAAAACAAGUUAUCAUCUCUAUUAGAGAGGAGGAAAAGAGGCACAAAAUGACUAAUUUUCAUGCCCACUUGUAAAGCAAAACAUUAAGAUAUAAUGAAACCCAGUUAACUAAGGUAAUCUCUUUGUUCAAUCAUAUUGAGGAACCGUCAUAAAUAUUCAUUUAUUUUUCCGGAAGCUUUUUUUUUUGCCUUAAAUGACAUGGUUGUGUUUUUAUAAGAGAAAUUUCAUAUAAUUUCGUGAGUUCAAGUGAGCAGUUCUAAAAGUCAUGUACGACAAUACAAUUAUCUGUUUCCUGAAAAAUAAAGAAAUCAAGACUAUCAUAUCCAUUUCAAGCUACGGUUAAAAUGUAAUUUCCUUUGCUCUCUUACUGAGAUUAUUUGUUUUAAAGUAAAACAUUAAAAACCUGUCUAUAAACA